ACAAUCUGCUGUAAAACCUCCUACACAUUUCGUGCGAGGCUGGAUUCGAUGAUGAUGAAAAGCACCAAUGAUGAAGACACCGCUGAUGUUUUGCCACACACAGUAAGGGCAAGCUCGUUACGCAUGAGACCAUCCAAAGACCUGACAGGAAUACUCCCUACCAAGGAAGUUCGUGUCGCCUACCAAGUGCUUUCCAUCAGCAACAUCGACGACGACCAGAAUCGCUUUACGGUCGACUUCAUAGUCUACUACAGCUGGUACGACGACAACAUUCGAGCCAAAAUGGACAACAGCAAGACUGCCAAGAGCAACGAUUGGAAGGUGUGGCAGCCACACCCAAUGUUUUUCGACAACGACUUGGAGACCACCACUAUCUUCAGUCACCUGACUGUCGACAAGGACGAAAAAAGUGGUCCAACGCUAGUGACUCUUAUCGAAAGGUACCGUGGAACGUUCUAUCAACGCCUCCAUCUUGCUCAUUUUCCCUUUGAUGGACAUACUCUGACGGUCAACAUUGGGUCCAAGCUACCGGCUCAUGAGUUGAGGUAUGUUGAAGAUCCGUUGAGAAGGAGUGGUAUCAAGAAAGAGUUUAGUAUGGCUGAAUGGCAUCUACUCAAUUCAAAAUCAACGUUCACGUCUGCGCACUCUGUAGCUUCUAAUAAUCGAUAUCCUCUUAUGAAACUUCAUCUAAGCGUUAGGAGACGAAGUGGUUACUAUGUAUUCAACACUGCGGUAACCGUCUCUAUGAUGGUCGUGCUGUCUUGGUCAUCGUUCUUUGUUCAAGCUAAAGAACUAGGAGAUCGGAUGGCGAUCACAUUGACUCUUGUCCUCACUACGGUGGCUUGGAAAUACGUUGUUUCAGACAAGCUGCCCAAGAUAGCAUACUUGACGUUGUUUGACUGGUACAUCGUCGCGGCAUUCUUUUUCAUAUUUAUGACGGGAAUCGAGAACAUUAUUGUGACAUUGGUCGACAACGACCAGGCAGCAACCGUCGACCUAUACGUCGGUAUUGCCAUUGUCUCCCUCUGGCUUUUGUGGCACACUCUGUUUUGUCUACACGUUUGGAGAGCAAGGGUGAAAGUUCGUGAAACACUUGCAAGGGAAUUCGUUUCUGACGAAGUGCUAGAGGUGAUGUGUGAUGGUGGAUUGUGUGAGGAAAUUCUUGACAAAAAUAAUUAGAGAUUGAUCAAGAACGUCUGUUUUGUGUUGAAUAUUCGUAAUAUUGGUCGUCUACUUUUUAAAAAGUAUUGAUUGUUUUUGCAGCAACAAACUGGAUGUAUGAAUGCACGAUGUAAUGGCUCAAUUAGCCCGAUUUUUAAAAUUUAUUUAUUUA